GAAGCACACGUUCACUCUGGGACUUGUAGUUCUUAUUGCUACGCUAUUAGCAUCUCCUUCAAGAAUCUCUCAACCCAAAAAGAAAAAUGACACCGCCAGUGUUGACGAUUUGGCUCUGACUGAAAUAACACGGAAGGCUGCACUUGCACGUGCCCUUUCUAAUAUCGAGUAGAUGAAAAAGCCACUUGUUCGUGUACUACAACAACCAGCGUCACCUCGAAUGAAAGCGAGGCAGUGUAAACACAAGUCCAGGAACAUGAAAAGAUCGGGUGACAGUGAGGGGGAAAAGAGAAGAAAGAGGCGGAAGCUGCUGCAGGAGUUGGGAGACAAGAAGAUCCCCUUUCUGGGACCUUCAGAUCGGGGAUAUCAGCAACUGUGGGACUCCAGUUACUCCGGCCUGGUUCUGAGGAGAUCCUGCUCGCUGCCUGCUGAGCUCCAUGGCCGGGUGCAGGCAGCUCUGCUCACCCUGAGAAGGAAGGGCUGUCUCCUGAGGGAUUUGGUUCGCAUCCGUGACCGAGAUGUAUUUACUGCCGUUUCACGGGCUCUGCUAGGCGAGCCGGGCCACACCUACCGAUAUUUGGACACACGGCUGUUUGCCAUCCCCUGGCACAGUGAGGACACUGAUGUCAAAGGACAAAACUGUUGUGACCCUGACUUUAGGGCUGCUUGCAGAGCAUUGUGGGAGCUUAACACCUUCUUUUGCUCUGAUGUGUCUCAGCUGAAGGAAGGAGACAGGCUAACGCAAUGUGCGAAGAGAGAGGCAGAGGCCAAACAGGGUGAAGAGGGGGACACAGGCUCCAAACACAGUGAAGACUCUAAGAAUAGUGAAGGAGGGGACUCCGAGUCCCGACAAAGUGAGGAGGGGGACACAGAGUCCAAGCACAGUGAGGAGUGGGACAUUGAGUCGAAACACAGCGAAGAGGGCUGCUCUGGGUCAAAACAAGAAGGAGAAUGGGAGACUGAGUCCAAACACAGCAGCGAGGAGGGAGAGUCCUCCCAGGUCAAACCAAGUGAAGCAGCUGUUGCAGCAGGGUCGGAACACAGUGAAGGGAAAUUCCCGGGCUGGGCGCCUAAGGCCAUCAGUGGCACAGAGACUAAACCUGUGGGACUAGGGGCCCAGGAGAAACCAGUGGCCCAACUCAAGCACAGCUUGUCAGGUUACCACAUUGAGGACACGGAGGAACAGGCAAGCGGACAGGGGUGUUCCCAGCCGAGUCCUCCGCAGGUAUACACCGGUCCGGUCAAGUUCAAUGUCACCUUACUCAACUACAUGGACCCAGCAGCUACAGGCCAGCUCAAAGAGGAGCCUUACUAUGGCAUGGGGAAAAUGGCGGUAGGGUGGCACCACGAUGAGAACCUCAUCAGUCAUUCGCCAGUGGCCGUUUACAGCCAUAGCUGUCACAAUGACAAAGGUGAGAGCAGUGAGGGAGGCAGCGGUGAGAUGGCAUGCUGGAGGAUUGGGCUCAAGGUAGCCUGGGACAUCCACACACCUGGCCUGAUGCUGCCACUGGAGUCUGGAGACUGCUAUUACAUGAGAGAUGACCUGAACAGUACCCACCAGCACUGUGUCCUGGCUGGAGAGACUACACGCUUCAGCUCCACACACAGAGUGGCAGAGUGUUCCAGUGGUACCCUGACCUACAUCCAGUCGCGGUGUCAAGAGGCCCUGUCCAACCUGCACACUGACCCAGAGACAGGCUCCCACAGCCUGCUGGCCCUGCUGCCGACAACGCUACAGUACUGUGAGGAGAUUCACAAUGAGGUGGAGUUUGAGUGGCUGCGGCAGUACUGGUUUCAGGGCCAGCGCUUCGCCCGCUUCUGCAGCUGGUGGACCGGGCCGAUGGAGCAGCUGGAGAAGGACUGGAAGCUCAUGGAGACGAUGACUAUGCUCUUCUUGGCUACAGUGGAGGAGGAGGGCCAGGAAGGAGAGGGAAGGAGGGAGAUGGCAGAAACCCUGCUGUCUUCCUUGACAGACAGACACCAGCAAAGACAGACAUGGAGAGACAGGUGCCACUCAAGUCUGGCCCAGACAUUACCCCCUGAGGAGGCCCCAGUGGACCGGCCCUUCUGGGGUGUGGAUGACCCCGGCAUGCCGCUGCCCUUUGAUCUGGCUGACAUCAUCAACAGAGUGGAGUCACUGCUGUGGAGGAUGUGAAGGAUCGAUAGAGGAAGUGAGAAAACAGCACCAGCUUUUCUGAAUGGCCCCCACAACAGCUGUGGGGACAGACCACUGAAGAUACCUUCAUUGUGAUCCCACCAAGACUGAUUUCCUUUUGAUUGGAUCAUCUACAUCCCCCCCUCCCCCUUCUCCACUCUCCACUACCCCAGCUGACCCUGAUAUCUCAACCCCCCCCAGUUUGGAGUUGGCUGGAAGGAAUCCAGAACACCACAAUAAAACCAGAAUAGUGCUUCAGUAACAUGCUAACAACGCAAGCUUAGCGACAAGCUACUAGUGUCACAACGGUCUAACGAAACAUAAGUGGAACCUGCAUUUCAGUGUUAGCAUACAUUGUGAAACUAUUUAUUUCAGUGUAUUCUGUUACUUAAUCUCAUGUAACCCAGACAUGCUUUUAUCAAUAGAUUAACUAAUUCACAGUAGUCACAGUACAGUACAUACAUAUAUGCUUUCUAUUUGUCACACAGUGUUAUAAUACAGUAUAGAAUGGUAAAAAAAAAAAAAAAAAAAAAACGUACUUCGCUCAAAUGGUAUUGCAUUCUUCACUUGUGUUUAGUGUAAUCCCUUUUAUUGUGUUCAGAAAUGGAAUGAGCCUGAAGAGACCAAAGAAAGAUGGUUGUAAGAAAGUUAUGAAUGUCACUCAACGGAGAACAUGAAGAAUGUGUUUUUUAGUUUUUACGCUGCGAUAGUGUGCUUGUGCCGUAUGGAGGUGUGUAUGUGUGUGUUUGUAUGUGUGCAUUGAGCCAUGUGAAUAUACAUGUGAUCAGUCGUUGGCCUGUCUGUCUGUGCACGCUCAAUCUCCCACAUGUCUACAUGAAGGCGCGCGUGUAUGAAUGUGAUAGUGUGUGUGAGCCUGUAGGCAGCCUGCCAGUUGUUUGUUCUUGAAGAUAUGCAUAUGGAGAAACAGAGACUAGCAGCGGGGCCCCUCUGCUUCUGCUCUGAUGAAAGGCAGCACUGAUAGAAUGACCCGGAACACAACCGCCGUUUCUCAUAAUUACGGCUGUUCUAUCGCUUUUAAUUGCUCUUAAAGUGUGUAGAGCACCACAUUCCCCUGUAAAGCUGCAGGCCAUCCGAGAGAGUUAGAGAAAGAUCCGGCGCUUCUGACAAAAUCCACUUUCAAAACAGCUAAAAAGGGUGGAAAAGGGGGCCGACGUCAAAGCAGUGUAGCAGCCCUCCUCGUUUGAUUCCUUUCUCUAUCUAGUUCAUGAUAAAGUACAGACUCUGUUUACUAUUAAAAAUGCAGAAUGCACUCGUUUUUUUACUUUUGAAGUUUUUUCCAAGAUGUUAAUGGUUGCCAAACGCUGUUCUUCUUGCUUCUUCUUUUGCUGCGCCUCUCUUGUUUGUUGUUGUCAGAGAGAUUUGUUUGUAGAUUGGCAGUAGCGUUGACUUGUUUGAAUCACUCUGCUCCCUGCGCCACAGCUUGUCUGUCUGCAAUAGGAAUGGCAGUAAAUUAAAAAAAAAACUGUGUUUUAUCCAACAA